AUGGAUAGAUUUGAUAGUGCAGUUGCAUUUGCUUUACAAAAAAAUGGAUAUAGUGAAUUAAGAGAAAAUCAAAGGGUUGUAAUUGAACAGUAUGUGAAUGGAGAUGAUGCAUUAUUAUGUUCUCCCACAGGAAGUGGAAAAAGCUUAAUAUUUGAGAUGGCUCCAUUCAUGUUUCAAUACAUGGAGAACAAAGAUAAAGAAUGCACAUGUUUAGUUGUUUCACCAUUAACUGCCCUUAUGAAUGCACAGGUGGAAAAGCUGAUAAAGAAAAACAUCAAAGCAGUCUAUUUCAAAGAUAAUGAACAGAAAGGAAGGCAUGUUUAUUAUGACAUUGAGAAUGGAAAAUAUGAGCUCAUAUUCGCAAGUCCUGAGACAAUAUUGCUACACAGUCGGGCACUGGUCACAUCACUUUCUAAAAAGAGGUUUUUGAAAGUCAUAUUUAUUGAUGAAGCCCACUGCAUCAAGAAGUUUGGUAAAGGCGACAAACAAAGAAAACAGAAUGCUUACAGGCCAUUUUAUGGCUGUUUGGAUGAAUUGAGGUCAUUGGCCGGGCCAACUGUUCCUGUUGUUGCACUAACUGCCACAGCUUCUAAGACAGUGAAGGAUAUUAUUCUUAAAGAUCUCUGCAUGAGCGACAAGACAUUUCAGUUGACAGUGACCCCAAAUAAGCCAAAUAUUAAAUAUUGGGUAUUUGAAACUACCAGAACACGGAGUGACAUAACUAAAGACUUUGAUUGGUUGGUUCAUAUAAUUAGAUUUGAGGGACCUAAAACUCCACGAUGA